AUGCUCAACAGCGAAACAGACGCAAACACGAUCCGCCGAGCCACAUACUAUCCAGAAAGCACGACGUACCCGCACCUUCGGACACGGUCGACCCCGCCCCAGUCGUCGUCGUUCGGUGCAUCACCAGCCGAGCUGGCGUCGUCACCCUCAUCUAUCAUCACCCUCAUCAUCAUCAUCGUCGUCGUCUCGACAUUAAACCCAGCCGCCCCGCCGCUUGCAACAACCAGACCUCAGCACGCCAUGCCCCCCCGACCUACCUUUGACGAGCUGCCCGUCCGGAAAGACGGCCCCCCGGGCAACGCGUGGGGCCUGUACGGCGACGGCGACGAGUGCGGCACCCUCAACCUCCUCACGCCCGAGCGAGUGGCCCGCGCGGCGCGCGAAAUCGUCCACGGGGUGCGCGUCUCCACGGACUGGCACCUGGACAGCAUGUCGCCGCCGUGCUUUGGCCGCCGCUCGUGCGAGCACACCAUUACGCACAAGGCGCCGAUGGCCGUCAACGACGACGAGCUGCGGCUCAACACGCAGAGCAGUUCUCAGUGGGAUGGGCUCCGCCACUUUGGCUACCAGGACGAGAAGCUCUACUACAACGGCAUGUCGCAGGACGAGGUGCUCAGCACGCACAGGAACGGCAUCCACGCAUGGGUGGAAAAGGGCGGCGUGGUAGGUCGGGGCGUCCUGCUGGACUACGCGGCCUGGGCAGACGCCAAGGGUCUGCAGCUCAAGCCCCUUGAAACAGUCUCGAUACCCGUGUCGGCAUUGGACCAAGUCGCCGCCAGUCAAGGGACCACGCUCCAGGCUGGCGAUAUUCUCUUCGUCCGCGUCGGCUGGACACGAGAGUACCAGAAGCAAUCGCCAAAUGAGCGGGCCGCCCUCGCAAGCAAGGAAUCGCCUCCGGCAAUGGGUCUGGAGUCCUCUGAAGAGACUCUCCGAUGGAUCUGGGACAAGGAACUCGCUGCUAUCGCGGGAGACCACCCCUCGAUGGAGGCGUGGCCGUGCCAAAACAUGGCGUUUCAGUUGCACCCGUGGCUUCUGGCUGGCUGGGGAAUGCCGAUUGGCGAGUUGUUCGACUUGGAGAGGUUGAGCGAGGAAUGCAGCAAGAGGCAGCGGUGGACGUUCUUCUUCAGCAGCAUGCCUCUCAAGGUUCCUGGUGGUGUGGCUAGUCCGCCAAACGGCGUGGCUAUAUUCUGA